CGAUGUAUGCUCUUCGUCGCCGUAUAGACGAGAUGACCAUGGCUCGAGUAGAGGACAUCACAGUGCAGCCCGCAAAUCGAGGAGAACUGGGAAGAGCGCUGGUGCAAGACCUAGGUUACGACGCAUGGGAUGUAGUGCAGCUAGAGCUCGACUACUUCACAGCUGACAAGGCUACCGACCCGAGGAGGACACAGCGCUUUCUUCGGCGUUCCAUCUCGCGUGCCUUCUGGCUUAAGAGUGUCCAAGGUGUUAUCGCCCGCUACAAUGCCAUACGUACCUGGUCCCUACUACGUCAAGAUCCCCCGGAGGUCCUUAUGGAAGAAGCAUUCCAUGGGCUGUCAGGCUUCUUUGGCGUGUCCCAUCAAGAGUUGUCGAACAAACUCGAUGACCUAGCCCGCGCUUGCCAUCGCUACUUGACAUCGAGGGACAUAAUCAUCGAGACUCGCCGAUCUACCAACGACAUGCGGACAGUGUGCAUUGCUAUCUGUGCAUUCAUGCGCAAACAAGGCCUGGCCUCUGCGUCGGAUUUCCGUUUCCAUGAUCUAUACAACCACUUUCCGCAUUGGUUCUUGUCUCCAUGCAGAGCCACAAUACCCAUCUCGCUGGUUUACGUCUUCGUGGCGCUAGCUCGAAGGCUCGGCUUCGAGGCCGUUCCUCUAGGACUUCCAUUCCGAGUCCUCGCCCAGGUCCCGACUCCAUCGGACGGACCAUAUGGGCUCAUAGUUGAUGUAUACGGCAGCGAAACGAAGGCCAUACUCUCCGCAGAAACCGAUGUUCCUGAACUCUUAUCGCGUGCCGGGGUGCGGAUCACGCAAAGCGUAAUCUCGCAAACGCUUCGACAGCCUGCAACCUCAGGCCAGAUGCUCCUCCGCGCAGCCAGGAAUAUAAUUGGAUCAUUUCAUGCGUUCGCAGGGCCCACUGCAGAACAAAUCUCGCCGAUUUCCCAGUCAUCCGCCGUCUACGCUGGGUUCGCCGCGAACUCGAUGAUGACACCGGAGGACGUACAGUAUGCGGCACGGGUGGCAGCCGUUUCUAACUCAUAUCCACUGGAUGCUUUGGCAGUCAUGAUGGACGUAUUCGCACCGGCGCUUCAUCCAGAACCGAGAGCUACGGUAUCACGCAUGGUCGAGCAGCAAGUAGAGGAGGAUCGACGAGAUUCGACGGCCGUGCGUCGCCGGAGCCGCUUGAAUACCACAAUCAAAUACUUUGUGGGCGCAAUGUUUCGGCAUAACAAAUACGAGUAUGAUGGUGUGAUUGUCGGUUGGGACCCUGUCUGCGCCGAGUCUGAACAGUGGAUGAAUCAAAUGAAAGUGGAUGAACUCAACCGAGGACGGAGGCAACCCUUCUACCAGGCACUCGUGACCAACGGACCCAGUCGCUACGUCGCCGAAGAAAAUAUUGGAUUAAUUGACUUCCAAACGGAUCGCGUUCAACGAUUUCUGGACGGCACUCUUCGCUUAGGACAAUUCUUCGACGAUGUGGAGAUAGACUCCAGUGCAAGAGGCAGAUUUAUUUCUAGUUUUGAUUUACGUUCCGGGUAUCCUGAAGACGAGACCGUGGCCGAUAUGUGGGUGAAGCAAGGCAUCCUUCCCGAUCCUGUCAUCUCUGGUACCCCUCCGUAGCACAUCGGCUAGAACGUUGUGGUUUCAGAAGGAAUAUAGCUGCGCGAUAACGAACAGAUUCGUACAGCCAUGGUACCUUUCCAUGUUCAACGGAUAUGAUGUCCAUGUGCUAUAGUAAUACAAGUCCAUG